AUGCUUUCGACCGCCAGUUCGACCCUUCUUCGGAGAACGGCUGCACAUUCAUCCGGAGCUGCCUCUGCAGUCUUCAAGAAGCCAUCCUUCGGUGCUUCUACUGCUAAUUCCCUUCUCGGAAAGAGAUGGAAGUCCGAUGAUGCAGGAGACGUGAUUGGAAUUGAUUUGGGGACCACCAACUCGUGUGUUGCCAUUAUGGAAGGACGCAAUGCCCGUGUGAUUGAAAACUCGGAGGGUUCCCGUACUACUCCUUCUGUCGUGGCAUUCACUGACGACGGGGAACGUUUGGUCGGUAUGGCUGCCAAGCGACAGGCUGUCACCAACCCUGAAAACACCAUGUACGCUGUCAAGCGAUUGAUUGGACGUCGUUUUGGAGACAAAGAGGUUACCACCAUUCAAGGAUUGGUCCCCUAUGACAUUGUCAAGUCGGACCACAAUGACGAUGCCUGGGUUUCUUCCCGAGGAACCAAGUACUCUCCCAGUCAAAUCGGUUCCAUGGUUUUGGGAAAGAUGAAGGAGACUGCAGAAGGAUUCCUGGGACGCACUGUCAGCAAGGCCGUCAUUACUGUUCCUGCCUAUUUCAAUGACUCCCAACGUCAAGCCACCAAGGAUGCCGGAAAGAUUGCUGGUUUGGACGUCUUGCGUAUCAUCAACGAACCUACUGCUGCGUCUUUGGCUUAUGGUAUGGAUAAGGCUGAUGGAAAGACCAUUGCUGUCUUUGAUUUGGGAGGUGGUACUUUCGAUGUCAGUGUUUUGGAAAUUCAAGGUGGAGUCUUUGAGGUCAAGGCCACAAAUGGAGACACCAUGUUGGGAGGAGAAGAUUUCGAUGAAGAACUGUUGUCAUACUUGCUUGGUCAAUUCAAGAAGGAUUCCGGAAUUGACUUGUCUGGCGAUAACUUGGCCAUGCAACGUCUCAGAGAAGCCGCCGAAAAAGCUAAGCGUGAAUUGGAUGGACUGGCCCAAACCGAUGUCAGUUUGCCAUUUAUCACUGCCGAUGCCAGUGGACCCAAGCACAUGAACACCAAGAUUUCCCGUUCUCAAUUCGAAAACAUGGUUCAAAAGUUGGUUGACCGAACCAUUGAUCCUUGCAAGAACUGUAUCAAGGAUGCCGAUGUUUCAAAAAGUGAUAUCCACGAAGUCAUUUUGGUCGGUGGUAUGACAAGAAUGCCCAAGGUUCAAGACACAGUUGCCGAAUUCUUUGGAAAGAAGCCAUCGCGAGGAGUCAACCCCGAUGAGGUUGUGGCAAUGGGAGCCGCAAUCCAAGGUGGUGUCCUUAAGGGAGAUGUCAAGGAUAUCUUGCUUCUCGAUGUAACCCCACUUUCCCUUGGUAUCGAAACUUUGGGAGGAGUCAUGACCAAGCUUAUCCCCAGAAAUACUACCAUCCCCACCAAGAAACAACAAACCUUUUCCACAGCCGCAGAUAACCAACCUCAAGUGCAAAUCAAGGUCAUGCAAGGAGAACGUGAAAUGGCUGCCGAUAACAAGAUGUUGGGAGAAUUCGAUUUGGUUGGUAUUCCACCAGCCCCAAGAGGUGUUCCACAAAUCGAAGUGAGCUUUGACAUUGACGCCGACGGUAUCUUGAACGUCAGCGCCAAGGAUAAGGGAACUGGAAAGGAGCAAAAUAUUAUCAUCAAGUCAAGUGGAGGUUUGUCAGAAGACGAUAUCGAACAAAUGGUUCGUGAUGCCGAAGCCAACGCCGAAGCUGAUGCCAAGAGACGCAAAACCAUCGAAGCCAAGAACGAAAUUGAUUCCUUGAUCUACUCUACUGAAAAGAGUCUGACGGACAAUGCUGACAAGCUUGACGACGAAACCAAGGCAGAGGUUGAAAAGGCCAUUGCUGAGGCCAAGGAAGUCAAGGACGGAGAUGAUGGAGAUGCCAUCGUUGCCAAGAAGGAUGCCCUGAAUGCUGCCGCCAUGAAGAUUGGACAAGCCAUGUACGGAAGUGGCGACGCACAAGCGGAGGAGCCUAAGGAUGACAACACGGUGGAUGCCGACUUUAAGGAAAAGUCCGACGACGAGGAGAAGAAGGAAGACGAAAAGAAGGAUGAAGAAAAGAAGUAA